AUGGGUUGUCUCUUCUCAGUACCGGAAGGCGGAUAUCUCGAAGUUAACGAAGAGCGCUCUGCCGGCGCCUAUGAUUCGUUGUCCACCGCGUCUGGCAUUGAUGACUUGCACGAUGAGCGUCAGCCCAAGGCAGCGUAUAGUAUGGAGGAUUCCUCAGCGGACCUCGUUGCGGAAGAUGGCGCAGCGGUGCACCAGGAGGUGCUUAACGCCCACGAUGACGCCUGGUGUCGGUUCGAUGCUACAUCAGAUGCCACGAACGAGGGAGCGGCGGCGGGCGGCAUCGGCGCGCCCCCGUCGCCGCUCGAUCUAUCGCUCGAUUCCGUUGUCCAGCAAGCUUACCAAGAUCGCGUGCUUGUCGUGUUUUCAGGCAAGGCGUUCGGAAUCGCAUUGCAACUUCAGAUGCACUGGGCGGCUUUGGGUGCAUCGUCCGCUGCACCCGAAUGCGUGAUGGACGCUUGCGUUCCCGAGUCGCUCUUACGCGCAGUGCACGCGUGCUUGCGCGCCCACAUGCACGCUUGCGAACGCAUCGCGAAUCGGUGGAAUCCCGACUCGGAGCUGAGCGCAGCGUGCAGCAGCGCGCAUCCGAAAAAGGCUGUCGAAGUUGGUACAAUUUUGUACGCAUUGUUGGCAGAGGCGCAUCGUUUGCAUCGGGUCACUGGUGGGCGUUUCGAUCCGACAUGCGGUGCGCUGUGGCGUGGUUUCAGGGCGACGCUGCGCAGCAGUGCUCUGCAGCGCCCCCCCCAAGGAAGAGCGUUUUCAACUUGA